UUUGCCGUUUCGGUUCUCACCCAGCGCGCCUCUUCCCUCUUCCCUUGUUCGUGUUUUUUCGCCCGACGCACCUGGCGCCUCUUCCCUCCUCCUUUUUUCCGCCGUUUCGCAUCUCACCAGGCGAUCUUCGACUCCCCCUUGUCACGUACGGAGAUCCACUUCACCCAGCGACCUUCGAGUCCCACCUCCCACCCCAACGCACGGAGAUCCUUUCCUCUCUACAACGCUAGACAAUACUAGAUGGGUCGUAAAAAACAAGGAGUAGCAGUUGAGGAGAUACAUGGAAUAGUCGAUGCUGAGCUACAUGGAGUAGCCGAUGCAGAGCUACAUGAAGUUACUGAUAGAGAAGAACGUUCUGUAGAUAUGCAGAAGAACAAACGAGGCCCUACAUCAAUGUGUAAACUCACUGCAGCUGCAAGAUGGGGAAAAAAAGCGAAGAUUGAUUAUGAUGACAUGGGGCGGCCAUUAUACAAUACAAAUGGAAAGGCAUUGCAAUCAUACAUUGGCUCGGUUGCUAGAACCAUGGUGCCAAUCAACAUAAAGUCUUGGCCUAGUGUUCCAGAAAAUAUAAAACAAAAAUUGUGGGAAGAGAUCUCGAAUGUGUUUGAAUUAGCACCACAAAGUGAAUCUGCUGUGAUGAAUUCAGCAUCUCAAAAGUGGCGAGAUUUCAAAAACAAACUCACUAACAGAUUUGUUUGGCCAAAUAAAGGCAAUCCUGAAAAAUUAAGUUCUCCACCGAGUCAAUAUCAGAUCCCAAAAGCAGUUUGGAAAGCAUUUGUAGAUGAGAGACUCCAUCCAUCAUGGGAGGUUAUUCAUGAAAAGCAAAAAGAACGAACGAUGCAUUAUAAAUAUCAUCACAGAUUGUCUCGCAAAGGCUACAUUGGCUUAGAGGCUGAAUUGAGGGAGAAAAAAUUAAUUGCUGAAAAUGAGGAAGUUGAUAGAUCGUUGCUAUGGCGUAAAGCUCGUGAGGACAAAUCUGGCAACAUUACAAAUACGGAGAUAGCAGAAGUUGCUGAAAAAAUUGAUGACUUAUUGGAAAAGAAGGUGAAAGGAGAGUUCAAACCUUCUGAGAUGAACGAUGUAUUAACCACUGCAUUAGGAAAUCAGGAACACUAUGGACGAGUUAGAGGUGUGGGAGGAUGCGUAAAACCCCAACUCUACUUUAAAACUGCAAGAAAGAAUAGGGAAUCAGUCCCAAAGGAUUCGAUCGAUAACUUCAAAGAACAAUCGGAGGAGAAUAAGAGCUUGAAGGUUGAAGUAGAGAGAUUGAAGGCUCAACUUGCUAAGGUCAUUAAUAAUCAAACUUGUGAGGUUGUGAUAUCGAAUAAGUCCUCAAACAUGAACGACCCAAAUUGGAGAGAUGAUGUGGAGGUUUAUGAAUGUGGCACUUCAAACUUGGAGGGAAAAAAAUGUAACUUGGCUGUGAAACAACGUGAAAAUGUGGUGGCGUAUGGCACAAUACUAUCAGAAGGAGGCCCAAAUAUAUUGAUUCAUCAUGUUCCACUUGGAGAAGGGAAUUUCAAGGUAUCUAUUGAUGUUGUCUUAGAUGAAGAAGCAGAACUUCCAAUUCCAAUUCGGUCCGGACCAACAAUCGUCAAUGAUGCUGUUGGAACAAUUGUUGCUUGGCCUAAAGAGUUGGUAAUUUUACCAACGAAGAAGAAGAAUGUGCAACAUCAAUCAUUUGCUCCUUCGGAUGUUCAUGGUGAUCAGGACAAGUACAAGGAAAUUGAAAAAACUUUGCCGAUGGCAUGCAAGUAUAUCUAUUCAUAUGUUAUCAGAUUGAUGCCUAAAGAUGAGAGCAUACACAUAGAAUUUGAUGAAGCUAUGUUUGGGCGUCCUAAAAGUGUAUGGUUGCUAAGAGAAUAUAUCUUACGCUUUAUGGAGAUGAAAGAGAUAGGUGCCAGACAAAUUUUGGUUUACAUGGGUUACCUUUACAAAUACUUGAAGAAAGAAAAUAGAGCCCAGUAUGUGUCAUUUGUGGAUCCUGGUCACAUACCUACAUGCGGUGUAGGUGAAGAAGGUAGCAAAUUAUCACAACAUAUUGCUGCUCAGUUGGGAGCAUCGAACAGAGAUAGCAUAUGCUUCAUCCCAUAUAACACUGGGUACCAUUGGAUCUUGACUAUAAUUAAUGAAGAUAAGAAUAUGAUAUAUUUAUUGGACUCUUUGAGUAACAGGAACCGAGAUCAUGCUUGGCAAACUAUUGUGACCAAGGUAAUCUUAAACAAACUGGUGGCGUUGAAUGUGGAUAUUGUGUGAUGCGGUACAUGAAAGAGAUAGUCUUAGAUGAAUAUCCACAAUUGGAGAGGAAG